UAGAAAUAUAUACAUGCUCCUUUUAUUACAUGUCAUAGGUGGCAAAGUUAUAAAAAGCAAAGCAUCCCAUUUCUCUUUCUUUCUUUCUCUUCACGCCCACUUCCCCCUUCACUCUAUUUCGAUUCUCUUUUUGUAUUGAUAUAUUCCCACCUAGAAUCAUCCUUCACAUUCAUUCACUUCUUACGCUCCACUGCAUUCUAUAUACUCACUUCACCUUCCUCUUUCCUGCACAUACGUAACGCACGCACCACACCCAUUCCACCGUUCAAGACAGAAAUUAAAUCAAGUCACGAAGUGAUCAUCAGUUUAUCCCUCAACUUUCUUCACAUACACCUGCAAAGAACUACGCACUAUGUCCGCUGAUACCAAGACUCUCAACGACCUUAUCAAGGCUACCCAGGACCAAACCACGUCCGAGGCCAGAAAGGAACAGGCCGAGAAAGUUGCUGAAGAGGUUAAGAACCUAGGCAUCAUUAAGGCCUUCCAUGAUGGCAAUCUUAUUAAGACUGUCACCACACUCCUCGAGAAUAAGAAACAGGCUCCUUUCCGGGAAGCAGCAUAUUACAUCCUUGCUAGUGUAAGCAAAACAGUCGGUCAAGCUGGUGAACCCUACCUGAUUCCCCUAGUCCCAAAGGUAUUGGAUGGAUAUGCUGAUAAAGUCACCUCUGUGCGUGAUGCAGCAGACGAGGCCAGCAAGGCAAUUAUGGCCUUACCUUCUCGCUAUGCCGUCAAGCUUCUUCUCCCUGUCCUGUUCGCUUCGAUUGAAAAUGGACGGUGGCAAUCGCAAGUCGGAAGCCUUCAGUUGCUUGCUGGGCUUUCCAAAUCCUCUCCCAAGCAAAUCAGCAAGUGUCUCUCUGAGAUCGUGCCUGUGUUGAGUGCAAGCAUGUGGUCAACACGCCCUGAGGUCCGUGCUGAAGCCACCAAGACAACAACUGCAUGCUUUGAAGUUGUUGGGAACCCUGAUUUGAUAUCCUCGAUUCCUUAUCUUGUUGGAUGCAUCAACCGCCCAGAGGAAGUCCCAGAAUGUAUCCACCAGCUCGCUUCUACCACUUUUGUCACCACAGUCGAGGCACCAACACUGGCCAUCAUGACCCCUCUUCUAAUUCGCGGUUUGGCUGAGCGUACGCCCUCUAUCCAGCGCCAGACUGCUGUCAUUAUUGACAAUAUGUGUAAACUUGUCGAAAACCCUGCUCACGCUCACCAGUUCCUGCCCAAGCUGUUACCCGGCUUAGAUCGAUUAAUUGAAAUUGGCGCCUCACCUGAGCUUCGUUCAGUCGCUGAGCGCGCACGUGCAACUUUGAUCCGUGUUGGAGGAGGUGAAAAAGCCCAGGAGGAGAGUAUACUAAACAUCGCCUACGAAAUCAAGCCUAAUGAAGUGCUUGAGACAUUAAAGAAAACAAUUGGAUCAAGUAUCAAAGUUGACGAUUUUGUUCAAACUAGUUUGAGCUACAGCGCCACCCUCUGCUCCGAACUAAUUACCAGUCGCGACUUUGAAUCUGAUGCCUGGGACGCCUCGAUCACCCCAUAUCUCUUGACUUUUAUCUCUAAGGAUGAGGCUAAGCGUAUCGCAACUUCGGUCCACAAGUUUUAUGUCGAUUAUGAUGCUAAAAACGCACUUAGCAAUGCCGCUGUCGCUGAUGUUGAGGAGGGAGAACUCCUUUGUGACUGUGAGUUCUCCCUCGCUUAUGGUGGUAUGAUUCUACUCAACAAGACUCGUCUUAAUCUUCGCCGUGGACAGCGUUACGGCCUCUGCGGCCCCAAUGGUGUCGGCAAAUCCACACUUAUGCGCGCCAUCGCUGAUGGCCAGCUUGAGGGCUUCCCUCCUGCUGACGAGUUGCGCACCGUAUUUGUAGAACACAACCUGCAAGCUGAAGAGGCUGAUUUACCCGUAGUCGAAUUCAUGUUCGCUGAUCCAAAGCUUAGUGACAUUCCUCAUGAGGAGGUCGUCUCCAGGCUAUCUAGUGUCGGCUUCACCCCCGCCAUGCAGCAGCAGGCUGUUGGAUCUCUGUCAGGUGGCUGGAAGAUGAAGCUUGAGUUGGCGCGCGCCAUGUUGAUGAAUGCUGAUAUCCUCUUGUUGGAUGAGCCCACCAACCACUUGGACGUACACAACGUUGCUUGGCUCGAGAGCUACUUGACUUCUCUGACCAAUGUCACGUCAAUGAUUGUUUCACACGACUCAAGCUUCUUGGAUAAUGUUUGCACUGGCAUCAUUCAUUAUGAGAGCCGCAAGCUCAAGAAGUACCGUGGUAACUUGUCCAAAUUUGUUGAGCAAUACCCUGAUGCCAAGUCGUACUACGAGCUCAAGUCAUCCUUGAUUACAUUCAAGCUCCCUGAGCCCGGCUUCCUGGAUGGUGUCAAGUCCAAGGAUAAGGCUCUGCUCAAGUUUAUCAACAUUUCGUUUACGUACCCUGGAAACACAACUCCAACUAUCAGGAAUAUGUCUGCUCAGGUCUCUCUCAACUCUCGUGUUGCAGUUGUCGGCCCUAACGGUGCUGGUAAAUCGACCUUGAUUAAAGUGUUGACUGGAGAAACAAUCCCACAAGUAGGUGAGGUUACCAAGCAUCCUAACUUACGCGUCGCCUACGUUGCUCAGCAUGCUUUCCACCAUGUUGAGCAGCAUUUGACAAAAACUCCUAAUGAGUAUAUUCGCUGGCGUUACCAGUUUGGUGAGGACAGAGAAUUGGCCGCCAAGGCUUCCCGCCAGAUUUCACCCGAGGAAGAGGCUCAAAUGAAAAAGGUUAUCCAGUGGGAAAUCAAUGGCAAGAUGGAGAAACUUCAGAUCGAUGAUCUCUAUGGACGUCGCAAGGCCAAGCGCUCAUUCGAGUACGAAGUUCAGUGGGUUGGUCGCACUUAUGAUGACAACGCCUGGAUUUCUCGUGAAAAGCUUGAAGAGUGGGGAUUUGAGAAGCUUCUGCAAUCAUUUGAUGACAAAGAAGCCGCCCGCGCUGGAGCAUGGACUCGUUCACUGACAGCGGUUGAGGUUGAAAAGCAUUUAGGAGACUUAGGUUUGCCCGCCGAAUUUGCAACCCACAAUCACAUCAAGGGCCUCUCGGGAGGACAGAAAGUCAAGGUCGUCCUUGCUGCUGCCAUGUGGUUGAACCCUCACAUUUUGGUUCUGGAUGAGCCUACCAAUUACUUGGAUCGUGAUUCGCUUGGUGCUUUGACAGAGGCAUUAAGGGAGUUUGGCGGUGGAGUUGUUAUCAUUUCACAUCAUCGUGAUUUCACUGAAGCCAUCUGUACCGAGACAUGGAGUAUCAAUGCUGGAGAGCUCACAGUGACUGGUAACAACUAUACUCAGCGUGUUGAGAGCAAGAUUGUCCAAAAGGAGGCAGAGACCAAGAUUGAUGCUUUCGGAAACGUUGAGAAGGUCAAGUCAACACGCAAGCUGUCGCGCAAGGAACUCAAAGAUAAGCAAAAGCGUCGUGCUGCUGCCAAGGCUCGUGGAGAGGAAGUCUCGGAUAGCGAGGACGAUCUGUAAAAACAAAAAAAGAAAAGGGCGAUAUGCCUUUUUGUUCAUGUAUUGCAUUUAUUAGUUCAAUCAACCCAUUUCACCAUUGUAGUGGUGUGGCCACCAUCAUCGCAAAAACUCAUAGUUUAGCACUGUCAUUUGUACGUGAAGCAUUAAAUUCUAUUAUCGAAUAUUAAACACUUUUGUAUGAUAAUCUCAAAGGCCC